AUGAAGGGUCGCGAGGCACGGGAGAGGUCCCAGCGCCUGCAGGAAGAUGAGCAAGCGGAGUAUGGUGAAGGACCUCAUGACAAGGCAGGCAAGACGCACCGAGCGCAGCGCUUUGCAGCCUGGUUGCUCAAGAUCUAUGGUGAGGAGGUGCUGAGCUCUGGUCGUGGAGUGCUGGAUGUUGCUGGCGGUCAAGGGGAUCUAUCGUGGCAGCUGAGCGUCGAGUAUGGCAUCCCAUGUACAUUGAUCGAUCCAGCGUUGCGGAGAGGUGGUGCCUUAAAGAGCUGGCAACGGCGGGCGCUUCGCAAACGAGGCCGAGAAGAAGCCUUUGAGCACUUCCCUGUGAGCUUCGAGGAGAAAACCUUUCGCUCAGGCAGCAACCAAGAAGUGCUCCGCAGUGCUUCUGUGGUGGUGGGCCUCCAUCCUGAUGAGGCCACCGAAGCUAUCGUUGACGUGGCCUUGGCCGAGAAGCGACGCUUCGCCGUGGUGCCGUGCUGCGUUUUUGCCGAGCGCUUCAAUCACCGGGAGCUCUCACCAGGUGUACCUGUGCGAACGUUGAACCAGUUCUGUGCCUAUUUGCGGGCAAAGGACCCACGGAUUCAGGAAGACAUGUUGGACUUCGAGGGUCGCAACAAGGUCCUGACAUUCAACACAUGGCGGAGUCAGGGCAACUCUCCCGGCACCAAGAAGAUGCGUUUGGCUCUAGCUUUGUCGAAGCUGGGUACAGAGGCUGAGGCGCUGCAGUUCGGCCUUUUACAGCUGAGUCGUCAUCGAAGGUCUCAGCAACGAAAGGAACGAGAGGCUCUCCUCGACCAGAACGAAGCAGAUGGUUUUUAUCAAGGCCUUUGGGAGUCCAAUCCUGCUUCACGUCGUCGUAGCGGCGCUCUGCUCCUGCAUCUUGCGCUGCUAAAGUGCAGCCUUGUUCGAAAAGCAGCGGCGCUGAGUGGCUGGAGCCACUUCUGCGCGCAUUGCUUGGGAGCUGAUGUGCAGCAGCUUCAAAAGCACACAGAGAGUGUCAAUGCUGACCUGGUCGCCUACAAGCGAAAAGUUGAGGUGCUGCUCCAAGUGCAAGAGUGCAAGAGGUUCAGCCUCAGCACUGCAGUGCAGCGGCGGCAACUCAUGGCACUUUCAAGUCUUGAGGCCAGUAGUACUGUCACUGCGAGCGACUCGAUUGCCGCCCAGGUGCUUCUAAGCUUGGUGUCCAGCAACUUCAGCGACUUUCCGAAGCUACCGAAACAGCUGCUGCAUGCUGCUUUUCUCAGCUGGAGGGAUGCGAGGGACUCCAGCAUGAUUCGGUGGACGGGAAGUAAGAGUAACCAGGACUUGAAAUGGCGCUACAUUUCGCUGGCUGGAUUCGAGAACACGGACGUCCUGCUGAAUCUGAGCACUUUGAUGCCGGUUUGCAUGUCCAAUGCAGUAAGAGCACAUUGUGGGGCAGUGUUGAAGGUGGGGCGCUUGGUGCAAGAACACGGAGAUGGUUCGGUCAGAUGUGAUGCACAUGCCAUCAGGUCCUCCUUGCAGCCUUUCUCGGAAGAUGUUGGAAUUCGCAGCCAGGGCCACAAGGAUCACAAGGUGAUGCCGCUCCAUCUUUGCCGGCUGCAAGCUAUGCUCGGCUUCUGCAUCGCCUUGGUCUUGAUUUUGCAGAGAGCUGGCUUGGUGCUCUGCUCAGAGAUGGAAAGGCUUGCGCUUGCCGAAGGUCACAGAACCCAAGUCGCCACCGCUCUGCAGAAGGUUUCUGGAAAGUUGUCUCUUCAGGUAGCCUUCUCAUUUCUCCAAGCAAUGCUAAAGGAGGUUUGCCAGAGAGCAGAGCAGGCCACGGACACCUGGGUGCCUCUGGCAGUGUCACUCUCAUCUCGGGCCUUGCAGGACUCCCGUGCUGAUCAGUUCCCUCGCGAGCCUCUGAGAAAGUCGAUGGAAAAGUGCGCGGAACCGACAAGAACUGCCUGGCUGCAGGUUUUGGAGCUUCUGGAAGAGGUUCCAGAAAGAGGCCUCUCAGAACAAGCUGCUCCAGAGCCAUGGCAAUUGGAUUUGCAUACUGAGGAGGUGGCACUAUUUUGGCCCGAUCUGGAAGCCAUUCCAGCUCAGCUCGCAAAGCAAGGGUUGGAAGUGCCCCAGGCAGAGAAAGGAGCUUCAAAAGGCGAAGGUGCCCUUCAGAUCGAUUUGUAUGCCAACCCUGCAGCGAAAGCAGCCCAGGACGCUGUCGUGGCAGCGCUGCCGCCGAAUCGUCGCUGCGAAGCCUUACUCAGUGCGGCAAAAGCAGAGGCAAUGCAAGAAACCGUGCCUGCUCUUCUGGAAGCCUGGCAAGAGGCACCAGACUCCUGCACAGCAGUCCUCCUGCGACAGACGGAGCUACAGGCGAACUGGCCAAUACCUGUCCUGGCACCAGUGCUGACUGCAUUGAUAAAAGAGGAUGCACCAGGCUGGAAAACAUGGAAGAUGGGACCCUUUGAUCGUGGCCUGCUGACAGCCACAUGGGCUGGACUUUGUCGGGACCCUGAAAUAUCUGCAGGUUUCUGGCUCUGGGCGUUGAACGAGUUGGUAGUUCCAAACCUUUCGGCUGAUGCAACAAGGCGCCGCUUCGCUGCAGAUGCUGCGCGUUUGUUGGCGAGCACUCUGAAAGCAGACCUGGCAGCUCGACAUGCCGAACUACAGCUGGAUGAAAUUUUGCAGGAACAGUUCCGAUCGUCCGAAGCAGUCAUGCGACUUCAGUCCCUUGAGAGGGCACCACUUGCACCGUUGGUUUUGUCCUUGGCGGAAGUUGUGUCAGAAGAGCCACUUGCAGAGGAUGCCUUGGUGAUGUGGUUGAACAUUGCCACUGGAAUCAAAGAUUUGCCUGAGGCGGCCACACUUCAGAGACACAUCAACAUGCAUUUGGCUAGGAUUGCGGUUGCUGCUGAAAGUGCUACCGGUUAUGCAGGUCAGCUCUUGCAAGCCGCGCUUGGUGGAUCAACCUUGGACAAAGAUAGCUCUGUGGUCCGACUACUGGCAGCUUGCUUGAAUCCACAACGACUUGCAGGCCAAGUGGGGAAAGUGGAAUUAUGGCCAGUGUUGUCCACUGCACUUUGGUGGCCGGCACGGCGGCUCUCGCAGCUUGUGUUGAACGUCCUUCCAGAAAUCUUCACAGAGCUCAAAGUACUCACACCAAACGGCUAUGUCAAAGGAGGGCGUUUAGAUUGCAGCAGCAAGUUCCUGGAUUUUGGUGUUCGUUUGCCUGUGCUGCGAUCGAUUCAUUGCCUCUAUUGUUGCGUGGUUGCACAGUCUAUCCAAUACCCUUCAGAGGCAUCCAACUUCUUGCGAUCCGCUUGUGAGGUCACUCGAAAUGCAGUUGGCAGCUUGAAGGUUGCGUCGCUUCAAUGUCUGUCUGGACAUUUGGCGGCCUUUCUGAGCACCUUUCUGGACGCCGUUCCACCAAGCCCAUCACCAGGGAUGAGAGCUGCACUGUUGCUGGUGCAGUCUUUGCGGAGGAAAUUGGGAGGAAAAGCAGACUGCUUAAGUCCUGUCGAGAACCAGCUGAAGUUUGCAGCCUCUCAAAGUGCUUGACGGGAUGAAGAAGGAUGAAGUAUUGCUUCAAGCAUUGCUUGAUGACUCGCCUCCAUCGACUGCUUAGCUCAUGGAAGUGCAGCUGCAUCAUCCUGCGACUUGAUGAAGGGACCAUAUGCAACGAGAAGAUGAUGGCGAGGAGGUCUCCACAAAGGCGACUGCUGUGGCUCCUGGCAACCUGGAUGAUCUGGAUAUCCUUUCCACUGCUUUUUCUCUUUAUGAAGGGAAUUGUACAUAGUCUCAUAGUGAGAAUCUUUGAGAGCAGUAUGUAGUGUUG